AUGGCGAUUCGUUCUCCUUCGUCAGAAACGGGACUGAAGUUGACGGGACCAGUAGAUGAGAGGUGGUUCCGGGCACAUAGGGCUUUCAUCGCCCUGAAAACCAAGAUCGCAACUACCCCAAUCCUCCGCCACUUCGACGAGACGAGAACGCCGGUAGUCAUCGUAUAUGCCAGUGAUUGGGCGAUAUCCGCCUCGUUGACGCAAGAACACGACGUGAUCUAUCAUCCGGCGACGUUCGCCAGUCGCACCUUGAAGACGAACGAGUUGAAUUACAAUGUGACUCAGAAGGAGGUGUUGGUACUGCUGAGGAUCUUGGAUCUCUAUUACAAUUUGCUAGUAGGACGCGAGAUCCGGGUCCUAACGAGGCAUUCCACGUUGGCCUGGCUGUUCAAGUCGACGGGAUUGCAGGGUCGCCUAGGACAAUGGUCCGCCCUCCUGGCUCCGUGGACGCUCGAGAUCACGAAGUGCACGAAGGGCGAGGACGAAAUACUGGGGGCGAUCGCGGUCAGCAUCACGCCGAGGGCAAAGAUGGACGAUGCUCCGACCGAAAUCGCUCCCCGGAAGGAACCUAAACGCCGGAUCCAAGCACCGAUACCCACUGUAGAUCGAGACGAGGAACUAUGGGCGAUCAGCUUUGACGGAUCCGCUCGAGUUAAGCGUCGUGGGGGCGCGUUCAGCGCGAUCGUGUGGAGUCUGCUCGGAUGGGAGGUGGUCAAGGCCAGGUCAUGCUAUCUCGAGAGCCUCACCGUGAACGAAGCCGAAUAUAACGGCCUGGUCCUGGAACUCGACAUGCUAGAGAGUCUAGAUCGCAGCCGCCUGGUGGUCUGCGGUGAUUCCAACCUAGUGAUCCGACAAGUACGGGGUGAGAUCGACUGCAAAGCACCCGGACUGACGCUAUUGAAGCGGAAGGCCCUCGAUCGCCUGAGGAAAUGGAGUGAUCAUGAGUUAGUGCAUGUCAAGAGGGACUGA